AUGCAGAAUUAAGGAGGUUAGAAGCAGAAUUUGUUAACGAUUUUGCCUUAAACCGAGGCAGAAAUAUUCAAGGAUUUGAUUUCAAUCGCACGAAAGGAAUUAUUUUGCGUGAUGACGGCAAAACAAUACUUCGUAAAUUGAGUGCAGAUUCACCUAUUGUCUACAUUCCAGAAUCUGCGGACACAGUUUGGGAUAACUUAAGAACCACAAGUUUAUUUGAAAGUAUUAACGUGGAGAAAAUGGAUAAUAAAGAUUUACAAAUCCAUGUUCCAGUUUCAACGGUCGAAUAUACGGCUGACGUAUCUGAUAGUUUUGUUAAAGAUAUCGAGAGUGCGCUUAAAAUUUCGAACGAACUUGAAAGUAAAAAGACUCUAGAGAAUCACUUUAAUUAUUAUGGCAAUUACGUUGUCACGAAAUUCACACUUGGAGGUAUUAUCACAAUCAGAAAUUGGUUAAACGUAUCUGAUGAAAGUAAGACAUAUUUAAAGAACUAUAUAAAAUGGGGGAUUGAUUGUGGAAAAGGGCAAACUUCUGAAAUUUUUGAAGAUGUACCACUUGAUAAAAUACCUCCACUUGAAGCUGACGGCGAAAUGGACACCCUUGGCGACUUAUACAACUGGUUUACGAGAAUAUAUGAUCUUGAAUUUGCCAAAGUUAUAUCUUACGGAAAGUUAAUCCCAUCUUACAAAUUGCUACCAGAUGAUUUACAACAAAAAUUAUUUUCUGUAACUGGCACUAAACCUUUUGAGGCACCCGAAGGCGAAUUAGUUCCUAACCUUCAAGAAAAAUGUGAAAGAAAAGAAUUUGUAAAAUGGAUAGCAUUAAGACCAAAACUUGAAUUAUUUUUAUGGGACUGGUUUCACAAUAAUUCACUCCAAUAUGGUGUAAUUCUACACGAAUCAAAACAUGGGCAUGGAAAAAAGGCGGCCUUUAAGUUUUUAAGAGUGCCUCACACUGCUGAGAUCAAAACAAUCACUCUUUUAUUAGCACAACCCAAAAAUCGUCAAGAAGCAUAUUUAUUAGAGAAUGGCAUAAAAGAUGAUGGCAGUUUAGAUCUUGAUAAUAUCCCUUUCGCUGAGCAUAGUUCAAGUUCAAUGCUAGGCCGUCCUUUAGAGGAUUUCAAGUCUGCUAAAAAUCAACCAUCUCGAGCCAUUUACUGCCAAAUAAUUGUCAAUAUGGCAAAACUUUCCUUUAAUCUUGGGGAUAUUAAAUCCUUACAGAUAUUUUCAAAUAGUGUUAACACAGCACUGCAAAGCAAUGAGCCAUAUAAAAAUCUUUGCAAAAUAUUUGGUGACGACUAUGGACAUUUAUUGCCAAGAGCUUUAACUGUAGGCGGAGUUUUAUCGAAAAAAUGUGAAUCUUAUACUACAAGAACUUUACCAAGAACAUUUCAACAUGAAUAUGAUAUAGAAGAUCCCAAUAUAAUUGAAAAAAUUGAAGCACAUCUAAAAGAGUGGAGUGAGCAAUUUAAAGUGGACACUUCAUUUUUUAUUAGUGAUACUGGUGGUAUUGUUUACCGUGAUAAAAUUAGCACUUGGCUUGAUAAUUUCCUGAGUCUAACUAAUGAAAAAGCGUCCGAGAAAGAUCUAAAUUGGAGUAGUAAUUGGAGCGUUGUUUCUUCUGAAGACUGGACGCCAUUAUACAAGAUUCUGCGAAAAACAAGCACUAUUAUUGAUAAUACUUUUAGCCAAUAUCAAAUUGUUUUUAAUGGAGAAGAAUUAUUCCAGAAGGAUGACCAGGAAAUUUUCGUAAUUAGAUUCCCUGGUUCACUUAUUGAUAAUAACUACCACAUUUUUGGAGCUGUCGUAAAGAAAGAUGAAAAGGGUGAUUGGAUAAAAUAUGCAUAUCCUAAUUUGUCA